GACAGAGGCUGAGGCUGGCGGAAUGGCGGCUGGGGGCGUGCGGCCGGAGCAGGUCGAGGAGGAGAAAGAUGAUUACAUGUCGGAUGUGUUCGUCAAUUUGCAGCAGGAUGUUAAACCAGGUCUGGUUAUGGUCAGAAGAGUGAAAGAAGAAAUCCUUAAGAGGGAGCGUGCAAUGGAAUUGAUCCUGGAAAACAAGCAGAAGAGCAAAAAGGAAGAGGAGAAAGAGAGACGCGAGACCAUGUUACAAAGCUCGUUAGGAAGUGAAAACAAGGGCUUCACAUUGCUUCAGAAGAUGGGAUAUAAAGAAGGUCAUGGUCUUGGCAAAAGUGGAAAUGGGAUUGUUGAACCUAUUCCACUACAGAUUAAAACUGGACGCGGUGGAAUUGGCCAUGAGGCAGCAGAAAAACGGAGAGCUGAGGAAAAGACUGAACAUCACAAACAAAUGUCACAAGUGAAGAAACGAGCAGAGGAAUUUGCCCUUAAUGAAUAUAGGCUACAGGUCCGGAAAAAAAAGGAUCAACUUCAGAUGGAAGGAGAUUUAAGGAAGAGUCAAGUUGCCUGUCAACAGCUGGAUUUACAGAAGGGUAUAGAUGUUCCACAAGAAACAUGGUAUUGGUUACCCACUUCCAUUGAUGAUGAUGGUGGAAAGGAGGAAGAUGAAGAAUCAAGUGGACAAGAUUAUGAAAUGAUUCACACAACUGAGGAAAAACUGCUGAUUUUGACCAGAUAUCUCAGGAGGAAAUACUUUUACUGUGUCUGGUGUGCAAUUUCUUACCAAGAUGAGGAGGACCUGUCUGAUAACUGUCCUGGGGAUUGUGCUGCUGACCACUGCUGACUGAUGAAGCGCACUGAAGAGUAGACAGAAAUAGCACUGAUGGUGGCAGCUCUGGAACUGUUGUGCUGAAACUGGAAUGGAGUGUUCUGAAUAUGAAAAAAAACUUCCAAAACUCAGUUGUCAAUUCCAAGCUGGAUGCUGAUGGCAACAGUGUGUGUUCUAACUUGUAUUUGAAGAAGAUGAACUAAAUGAUGCCAUUUUGACAGAUGGGCUACAGUACAUGUAAAAUAUUUAUGUUUUUGUUAUUUUACAUUAAAGUACCUCUGUAUUUAUUGACUUGUAUUGUGUGGCUUUGUUUGCCUGAAAACAAUUCACUGGGAAUACUGCCUUUGUCGUUUUGAAAUUUCAGUUUGUGGAUCAAAGCCUGUUAAGUCUGAAUCCCGACAAGGUACAGCAAGAUCUUUUCAUGGUCUGACAUGAAGACAGCUGAGUGCAAAGGUAAAUGGAUAUGUGUAGAUGAUGGGAAAGAUUAAGAAGAUAAGAUGUUUUCAUUCUUGUUCACAAAUUUACAAUGGAAUCAUUAGCAGUUUUGUGCUUAGAAGUUAGUUAUAAUAUUCAUCUAUCUCGCCUAUACCCGAGAUCAGUCAGAGGGCAAUUGCUUGUAAAUUUCAGAUUCCUCAUCAAUGAUGAUUUGUUCUGUAAUCUUUGUUAAAGGAUAAAGCCUAGUGUGUGGUAAAUAUGUGCUGGACACAUGAUUAAUAUCAGUUUUUCAAUCUACUGCAGAUUUUUCAUUUUAGAUUCUAUAUUCCCUAUUACUCUUCUGUUUCUGUUUGUAUAUAAAUUACAGAUUUAAAAAUAAACUGUUUUUGCUUCA